UUGUUCCUGUGCCGACUGCGCUACGCGCCGCCGUCGACAGCCUUCGCCGCCUCCUGCACACGCUAAUUGCAGAGAACGCGUCGGCGCUCGCGGCCUUCCUUGCGAUCGACACCAACGUACAAGUGUGGCCUGUCCCUGCGCCGUGGAUCGAGUCAAAUUUCUUGUCGUUUGGCGGCUCUGUGCUUUGCGACGCGAUCUUACCGACGUCGGCGCCUGGCGUCGGUGCCGGUCUCCUCGCGCUCUUUUCAUUCGACUAUGGCUGCGACUCGGUGUCCUACUAUGCCAGCUUGCAGCUCGACCGGGCAGCGCUCGUGCCCGCUUCCUUGCUGGGCGCAGUCCACACGCAAAGCAACUGGAGUGACAUUUGCAACCACGAUCCUUACAAUCUCGUGGCGUGCGAACAGUACCUGAACGCCACAACGACCUUUACGACCACCUUUGGCCUGGCGGAGGCCAUGGUGCGGGAAGGUAUCGACCUCGUAGACGUCUAUGCGUCCGUGGCUGCGCUCCACAUUGAGCUGUUCCAGUAUGGUAGCCCCUCGACCAACGAGUCGCUGUCGCUGCAACGCAUGUCGCUGCUCAACUUGGAGGAUCCGAACUACGACCUCUUUGCGUUUGCCUAUCUCCUUGAAUGGGUGGCGUGCGACCGCGACGUUUUGCAGUUCCAAGGGGACAACCUCUCGCUGACCUUGCUCUCGGAGAAGACGACGCCGAUCACGCAAGCGAUCUACGCGGCCGAGCUGCCGUCGGCGCUCGCCGCGUACGCGCAGUCGGCCAACAUGUUUGUCACAAGCCUCCUCUUGCUCCUCGCGCUGGUCAUCACGCUCUACAUCGGCCUCGCGCACGGCUACAUGGAGCGCCGGAACGUACUCAAACUCAACCGCAUCGGCGCCAUGAGCUACGUCGGCCGUCCGCUCAUCUUUGUCCGGUCCGCGACCGCCAUGAUGCUCCUCGCCACCGCGUCGCUCGAGCUGCACGACGUUGACGGCCUCGCGUUUCUAGCGCCACGAAACACGUCGUGGUUCUCCGUGCUGCUCGCGGCCAGCGAAGUCACGUGGCUUGUCGAGGUUGUCAACGACAUGGCUAUCGUGCUCACGCGGUCGCACGCGGCGCAGUACGCGACUGUGAACAGCCUCAGCGUAUGGGCCGCCACCGCGCUCCUCUCCUGGUAUGCGCCCGUGGUCUUCAGCGCCAGGUAUGCACCCGUAUGCCACGUGAUUUGCAUGGACUUUCAAGUCGCGUGCGAGACGGCGACCAUCACGAUCGGCCAUUGGACGCGCAUUGGGAUGCUGGGGUGCCUCACGCUGUGUGUCAACUUGCUUUGCUACAGCAUGGUGCGGAGUGUGCAGCAUUGGCACUGGCACUGGCGGCUCGUGCCCAAGCGGUGGCGGCCCCACGAUGUUGUGCCGUACACCGCGCCGACCAAGAAGGUGCAGUCGCUGCUGCUCUCGGCGGGUGCCACAUUCCUCUUCCACCACGCGCCAUGGGUACACAACGAUGUCUACUACUUGGACCGGGCGUCCGCAGCGUUGAAUGGGCUCCUGAGCGUACAGUACGACGGCAUAUUCUACGUCCUCGACAUCAAGCUCUGGCGCCUCUUUGUGCUGGCACCGACGCCGUGCCCGCAGGAGCACCCGCGGUUUGUAGCCGCGCAAUACGCACUGCCACUGAGUCUACACUAACACCGGCUUUGCAAUGAUACGCUAUGCGGUAGAACACGAGCCUACUAUCUUGCGCUGGGAUGUUUAUGGAAGAGCCGUGGGAGCCAAGAUCGCUACGUCGUGUGCGAGGCUGCUAUACAGAGUAGGCCUUCCGCAUACUGAAAAAGACGCCCGAUCUUUAUGCCGCCUGUGAACACCUCGAUUGAGUGUGACCUUCU